AUGGAUAUUAACUAUCUUGAUUAUCUUGAUGAUGAUUUAAACUAUGAUUGGCUAGAACAAACUAUUCGUGUUCCUAAACGAUACUUACGUGAUAUGCAAAAUUCCAUUGAAGGGUUUCCAAAAUAUAUUGUGUUAGAAAUAAUUUUACCUAUGAUAUACUUGGAUAAUAUGGAUUGCGAUUUUGAUAGACGUGGGUUAAAAAUCGAUAAUAUUACAAAAGUGUUAAUUGCCCUACGUUUCUAUGCAAGUGGAAAUGACCAAAGAGUUAAUGGAGAUACAUUAGGAUAUUCACAGGCUUCGGUUUCUAUUGUAGUUAAAGAAGUAUCGGGAUUACUAGCUAAAUGUGGAAAAAAAUGGAUUCGAUUUCCAAGAGCACCAAAUUUACAAGACACUAAGGAACAAUUUUAUUUAAUUGGUGAAUUUCCUGGUGUAAUUGGAGCUAUAGAUUGUACACAUGUCCCUAUUAAAAGUCCCGGAGGCGACAACGCAGAAAUUUAUAGAAAUCGAAAAGGAUGGAUGUCAUUAAAUGUUCAAAUUGUUUGUGGUCCUAAAAUGCAAAUUUUUGACAUAGUCUGCAGAUGGCCAGGUUCAGUUCAUGAUAGUAGAAUAUAUAAUAAUAGUCGAGUGAAACUUCUAAUUGAAUCAAAUGCUUUAGCUG